CGUACCUCCGGGCACGCACGGGCAGCUCUUCGCUCAGCAUCUUCAACGUGAUCAUAUGAUUUUGAUAUAGAUAGGGUAAAUUAAUCAACAACAGAUAGGAGACGACUUGUCAGUAUUUUCUUGUCGAUUCAGUCGAAUGAUCAGCAUCUUUACUUAUCUCGGGUCAACCUAUUGUAGUUAAAGUGCUACUAUUUGCAAGCGCCAGAGAAAUUAGUGGAGAAAGAGAGUCUGAAAUCCAGGUCCAACAGGAAGAGACAUACGACACAUUAUUCAAGAAAAUCGUGCAGCGUUUCAAGUUGGAAAAGUUGCAAAACUCCUUGAUCCUUGCCAUCAACGAGGACUACCCAGACGCUGAAAAUACUCAGCUGAACUUAAAGCCUGGUGACCAUAUUGCAGUAAUUCCCCCUUUGAGUGGAGGCUAACAUGGACACCGUGAAAUUGACUUAUGACAAGCUCAGCGUGGAAGAAGCAACCGCAGCUGUCACAUCUCCUAAAUGUGGCGCGGUUUCUCUAUUUGUCGGGACCACAAGAGAUAAUUUUGACGAGAAAAAGGUAGUGCAGUUGGAUUAUGAGGCGUAUGAUUCAAUGGCGGUCAAAGUCAUGAAGGAAUUGUGCGCGGAGGUUCGACGAAAAUGGGCAGUGGAAAACAUUGCCAUUUACCAUAGACUAGGGACUGUUCCUGUGUGUGAAGCGAGCGUGGUAAUCGCAAUUUCUUCAGAGCACCGAACUGAGUCGCUGGAAGCUGUGCAAUACACAAUUAACACCCUCAAAGGUCAGGUGCCUAUUUGGAAAAAAGAGGUUUAUGAUGACCAAAGCUGUAGCAAGCCCGAGUGGAAAGCCAAUAAAGAAUCUCCAAAAACACAGAGAAAGAUUGAACAAUCAUCUGAUGUACCUGAGGAUUUAAUCCAAAUAACAGCUAAGCCUGAGGAGGUUAGGCGGAGAAUUGAUGCAUUGAUACGAAAAAAGAGGGAAGAUAUCGACAGGGUGAACAUCAGAGAUUUUUGUAGUAACCCCAGAAUAGCAAAUGAGGAAAGCGGAGAUCUCUUAGAGAUGGACAACUCAUGUGCUCGUGUUAAUGCUGUGCUCGUAUCUCGGAAAGAAGGAAGGAGUCACCUUAAAAUCAGCAGAGUCACAAACGAAUGGGGCCCACAGACAAGAGGACCGGAGCCUGCUUUGGUACAAGCAGAAAGCACCUCGCUAACUCCAGUGCAAAAUAAUAUUCCCCCGAGAGUAGGAGAGAGGCUGCGGAACAUAGAGAAACAUCUAAAUCUAGAAAAUUCGGAGAAGCCUGUUUCCAAAGACAUUUACUCGAGGCUCAAAAAAAUUGAAGACAGGAUUUUGUUUUUAGAGGGAGUUUCUCCAGAAUAUUUUGUGCAGCUGUCCCAGAAUCAGCCUAAAUCCUUGGAGGCACCACCAGAGAAGAAAAAACGAACAUACACUGCUCAGGAAUUAAGGGAGCGACUACAAGCAAUCCAGGAGUUUCAAUAAUAAACUUUGUUAUUUGAAUAAUAAAGCUACAUAUUCUUAACUAGAACAUAA